AUUGUGACGACUAUACCUAUAUAGUAAACAUAAGUAUAUAAAUUAAACAUAUACCUAUGUCUAUACCGACGCUUUCUUUUCUUGUGUUGUGUCUUUUACGGCAGUAUCAAAUCGAAUGUUAAGAAAAGUUUAUAUAGUAAAAUUUUCAUAUUAAAUAUGUUGAAGUUUAUUAAUAAAUCGAAUUUCAAUCCAUGUCAUCACAAGUUUAUAAAUAAUGGUAAUGGAAUUUUUGGUGGUAGUAAUCGAAUUGACAAAACAAUUCACAACACUUCAGUAACAAAAUAUCCACAAGUUGCGGCUCUCAAACUACCAACAAAUGUGGUUAACAUAAAUGAAUCUGAAAUGAGUAGAUUUUCUCCAUUAAGGGAAAGAGAUUUGUCAGGGCCUGCUAUAGACAUAAAGCAUGACAAACAAGUAUUUGAUAUAACUUUACAACAUGAUCCUCAUGUCAAUAAAUAUGACAGCCGUGGUGCUGUUAAUUUAUCAUCAUCUAUGCAGAGUAAUGUUCCAAGUCCUUUCAGUGGUAACCAUACUCAUUUGAAUAUGCCAGGAUCACAAUGGGGUCAAGGAUAUAAAUACUUAUCACAUCACCUGCAAAAUGCUCAUUACUUGUCAUUAAGAAACGAAUAUCGUGGAAAAUUGCUAAACAAAGUUAUAACAAUUGGGGCGAGAAACAACAGUACACAAAAAGAACCUUCACUAAGUGCUAAAGAAAAAUUAAAAAAAGCAGUCAAAGAAUAUGGUUCAACUGUUAUAGUAUUUCAUGUAACAAUAUCUCUACUAUCUCUAGGAGGAUGUUACAUUCUUGUUUCUAGUGGAGUGGAUAUAAUGGCCAUACUAAAAUAUUUAAACAUUGGUGAAGGAGUACUCAGUAAUGCAGUCACAUCAAAUGCAGGAACCUUCGUAAUAGCAUAUGGAGUCCAUAAAAUAUUUGCUCCAGUAAGAAUAGCUUUAACAUUAACAGCAACACCAUUUAUUGUUCAUUAUUUAAGAAGAAUUGGCUUUUUAAGGCGUAAUAAUGGAUUAGGUGGCGGGAAAUAGAUGAAUUUAAUAACUGUAAUAAUAUACUACAAUA